AUGAUAGCUGAGGUAUGCAUCGUUGCAUGCAUACCUAUCUCCAUUUUCCUCUUCAAGCAAAUGCCUCAGCAGCCCAGCAACCUCAGUGCUGUUUCGGAUUUGAUUCCUGACCGGACGAGUAUCUCACAGCAAGACUUUGGUGGCUUCUGCUUCCGCAUUGCCAGGGCUCCGAAGGAGCGCGGACGCACCCUCAUCUCGCAAGAACAGAUGCAGGCGGGGCCCGACAAUCACCUUCCGAUGCCCUGCCUGCAUCUUGCCUGCGAGCCCUUACUGCACAUCGAUGUGCACGGCCCGGGGCCGGCUAGCGCCGAGUCCAUGCGUGCAGAGGAGGACAUGGAUGCGAGUCUGCGUGGCGCCGGCGCAGGUGGCGACACGCUUGGGAGUUCCGGAAUGGGCGCCACGCGCUAG